GUCAGCGACAGCAGCAGGCCUGCACCAUAUUUUGUUGGGAAAAUAUGCAUUCCAUGUCAUCGAGGCUGCGUGUUAUAUAUAAACUGGGCUCCUUUGUGCCCCUCUAUCCAAAAUGCAUUUUUCCAGUGCCCUAGGCCUAUUUGCCCACGACACAGAUUGUGAUACUACAUUGUUCCUCGCUAAUCUUGACGAAUCAGGCAUUGAGACUCAGAAAAUAUCUUUAUCAACUUUAUCAAUUGACUGAGCUACCCUGAACGUCACAGCCUCUCGAACGAGUCUUUCCAGUGUCCUCCCGAAAAAACAAGCUGGACUACAUCUCAGUCUCCGAAGAUAUGCCGGCUGCACUGAGUAUACAGAGGGAGACGAACUCAUCUCAUCAUAUCAUUGCAACGAGCUAUGAAGUCGCCGAACUAGUGGAUAGACUGGUAAAUCUACCAGUGUCACCCCCCUCGCUCUACAUUGACCUCGAAGGGGUUAAUCUCUCGAGGCAUGGAAGUAUCUCAAUUCUUCAGAUAUAUGUGAGGUAUUUAAACGAGACGUACCUCAUCGAUAUCUACACACUCCAAGAGGUAGCCUUUUCUCAAAAGGGGACCAACGGCAACACGAUGCGGGAUAUCUUGGAAUCAUCUACUAUCCCCAAGGUCUUUUUCGACGUGAGGAAUGAUGCUGAUGCACUCUACCACCACUUCGGGGUAACGCUUGCCGGGGUCCAAGAUCUUCAACUGAUGGAGCUCGCAGCCCAUGAUCAUAGGAGGCCCAUCGUCAACGGACUGAAACGAUGUCUCGAAAAGGAUAUCCGCAUGUCUUUUGCGGAACGACGGACAUGCCAAGAGGUAAAGGAACGGGGACGAAGGUUGUUUGCCCCGGAGAUAGGAGGAAGUUAUGAGGUUUUUAACAUCCGACCUCUAAAUAAAGACAUCCAAAGGUACUGUGCUCAGGAUGUCCGAUACCUACCGAGGUUGUGGGAUGUCUAUAAUAAGGGACUGACCCAGGAGUGGAGUGAGAGAGCUGCAGUGGAGGCCAAGAGCAGGAUUCGGUGCUCCCAGAGCCCAUCGUUUAAUGGAAAAGGGCGUCAUAUGGCCUUGGCACCACCCAGUUGGAGACGAUAAUCGGGGAAACAAAAAGUAGAGCGUAUUCCCACCUCUUUCUGCUAUGAUGGGCUUUUUACUUCUACACUGCAUCCCGAGAGCUAAUGCUAAUUAACGAUGCCUACUUUAUACUGUUUCGCAAAGCCGCUAAUUUUCUUCGCUGCGACCAACUUGAUGAACAUAUCCACGAGAUCAUAGUCGAUUGGCAAGACGUUAGGACACCUUCCUCGAUUUCCGGUGAAGGGGUUGGACGUGUUGAUGGGGCUUUUUCUACGGAUCGCCGCAAACAUCUCGGAUAUGAGUCUUCCCUGUUCCUGUCGCAAUCUAUCCUCAUUCUGCUCAAGCACGUUAAAUCGCGUUCAGUCAGGUUGCUUAUUCUCUUUGUGGCUACCAACGAAUGAAAUUUGACCUGGAAAUUAUUGUCUGGAAUCAGACUGCUUGGAAU